ACCAUAGGCAUUAUUACUUCUGCCAAUGGGAAAGAUAAGGUUUAAGAGUCAGGCCUUUUUGUAGCAACCAAGUCUCACACCCAGACAGUAGCACAUGAACGCACAUGAAUGCACAUGAAUGCACAUGAACUAAAAAAUCUCAGCACUUUGGAAAGGUCAGGAGUCUGGGCAAUAGACGUAAGCACCAAAAAUGCUGAUCCUUAAGGGCCUUUAAACAAAGACAAAAUACACAUGUGGUAACCUAUAAAUCGAUAGUGUAUAUGUUUGAUGAAAUGAUCACAUCAGAAAGAAGAGAAAGUUGGUGUUGAUGCAAGGAAAAAUGGCAAUGGAAAAUAUUUAUGAAGAGCUAGAUGAAGUGAAAGUUGAGAAUGAGAAGCUGAGGGCAGAUUUCAAAAGCAAUGCUGAAUUAUGUGAGCACUUGAAGAAAGUCCAGAAUGAGCAGGUAACAAAGAUCCAAGAAGCGAGUUCAAAAAUCAAGAAGCAGGCACAACGGCAUCUUGAAAAAGAAGAACAAAUCUUGGUGGUAAAGCAAGCCAAUAAAGAUUUUAAAUACAGUCUGAAUUGAAAAGAAUCUAUCGUCAAGCAUUUGAAUGCUGCUAAUGAUAAGCUGAGAGCUGAGUGUGAUGAGAAGAAUCAGAAAUGGAAGCAGGAAAAUGUAAGGUUGGUAUUGGCUUUGGAUGAGGCCAAUGAGAAGAAUAUAGAUCAAUAACAAAAUAUCAAUAUGCUUAAGGCAGGGAUUGAAGGUCUCAAAGCGCACCUGUCAGUUUCGUCGGAGUGUACAGAAGCAGAGAAAAAGGCCAAAAAUCCAAAGGAGCUGAGAGAAAGAGAUGAUGUGUUGGUCAAGGUAGAGGAAGACAGGAGGAAGGUUGAAGAUCAGGUAAAAUGGAAGGAGUAGUCCAAACACCUAGAAGAAGCCAAUGAGAGACUUCGAGACCAGUUCAACAUGAGUAAGAGUAGGAGCAAGAAAAAUCUACAUUGCUUAAUGAGAUUUCUUCGCUGCA